AUGGCGUCGGGCCACGCCACCGUGAAGGCAGUCCUGUCGGGCGACACGCUGGUGCUCAUGGGCGCGGCCACCAACGGCCCGCCGCCCGAGCUCAUGCUGACGCUGUCGUCGCUGCAGGCGCCGCGGCUGGCGCGCUCGCCCGAGCAGAGCAGCGAGCCGUACGCGUGGGCGUCGCGCGAGCACCUGCGCCGCCUCUGCGUCGGCAAGCAGGUGCGCUUCAAGGUCGAGUACCGCGUGGCCGCCAUCAGCCGCGACUUCGGCUCCGUGUGGCUGCCGCCCAACGCGCGCGGCGUGGAGGAGAACCUGUGCGUCAUCCAGGCGCGCACGGGCUACGCCAAGGUCAAGACGCCCGAGCAGUCGCGCGACGGCACGUGCGUGGACAUCGAGAAGAUGCUGCAGCAGGAGCAAGUGGCCAUCAGCGAGAAGAAGGGCAUGUACGCCGACGCGGACGCCGAGUCCAACGCCACGGUGCAGUGGCACGGCGCCGACGCCGCCGCGCUCGUGAGCGAGUACAAGGGCAAGCUCGUGCCCGCCAUCGUGGAGGCCGUGCGCGACGGCGCGUCGCUGCGCGUGAUCCUCAAGCCCUCGCUGCAGCUCGUCAACUUCGGCCUCUCCGGCGUGCAGUGCCCGCGCGUAAACCCGCCGAUGAACGCGGCCACGGAGGGCGACGGAGAGAACGCGGCGCCCGUGGGCCCCGCGCCGCACGCGCGCGAAGCCAAGCACUUCACGGAGGUGCGUCUGCUGCACCGCGACGUGGAGCUCAAGCUCGAGGGCGUGGACAAGUACGGCAACCUCUUCGGCAGCGUCGUGCACCCGUCGGGCCGCAACAUCAGCGUCGAGCUGCUCAAGAACGGCUUUGGCCGCAUGGCCGACUGGAGCUCGGCCUUCACCAGCGCCUCGGCGCGCGCCUCCAUGCGCACGGCCGAGAAGGAGGCCAAGCAGCAGAAGCUGCGCGUGUGGCGCGACUACGAGGCGCCCGUGCUGCAGUCGGACAAGCACAUCACGGGCACCGUGGUGGAGAUCAUCAGCGGCGACUGCCUCGUGGUCUACGUGCCCGAUGCGGCCACGCCCGCCGAGCAGGAGAAGCGCAUCUACCUCAGCUCGCUGCGCGCGCCGCGUCUCGGCAACGCGCGUCGCCAGGAGCCCAACGCGCCGUACGCCGCCGAGGCGAAGGAGUUCCUGCGCCACCGCGCCAUCUCCAAGACCGUGCACAUUGAGGUGGAGUACGAGAAGCCCAGCCCGUCCGGCCAGGGCGACGUCAUGACGUUCGCCUCCGUGUUCCUCGAGCCGACGGCCAACGCGCUGAAGAAGAACCCGUCGGCCAAGGGCGCCAACCUCGCUGUCGACGUCGUGGCCGCUGGUCUGGCUGAGGUGGUGCGCCACCGCCCCGACGAGGAGAAGAGCGAGUACUACGACGACCUGGUGACGGCCGAGACCAAGGCGCAGACGCAGAAGAAGAACCUGCACUCCACCAAGGAGCCGCCUGCCACCGAGCGCCGCGUGACUGACCUGUGUUUCGAUGCCACCAAGGCCAAGCAGUUCCUGCCCUUCCUGACGCGUGAGCGCUCGACGCGCGCGGUCGUGGAGCACGUGUACUCGGCUACGCGCGUGAAGCUGUUCGUCCCCAAGGAGAACUGUCUGAUCAACUUUGUGGUUGCCGGCAUCAAGUGCCCGCAGCCUGCCCGUCACGGAGCCCAGGGUGUGAUUGUUGCCCCCGCUGAGCCUCUGGGCGAGGAGGCCAAGCUGUUCACCAAGCGCAAUGUGAUGCAGCGCGAGGUUAUGGUGGAGAUCGAGGACAUGGACCGUGGCGGCAACGCCUUCGGUCCUCUGUUUGUGGUGCCCAGCGGCGGCAAGCCUCAGCGCGACGACCAGCACAACUUUGGCGUGCGUCUUCUGGACGAGGGUCUGGCGUGGGUCGACUCAUUUAGUGUGGAGCGGACGGCGCUUGGCAACGUGCUGCAGCGCGCCGAGGAGCGUGCCAAGGCCCAGAAGAAGAAGUACUGGGCCACGCACGACGCCCAGGCUCAGGCCAAGGCUGCCCAGGCGAAGCAGGUCAAGACGAAGGACGACGUGAUCCCGCGCGUGAAGCUCUCGGAGAUCGUGAACGGCACGCACUUCUUCAUUCAGAACGUGGGCGACCGCAACUGCGCGGCUGUGGAGGAGAAGAUGAAGGCGUUCACGCGCACGCACGGACUGGCAGGCAAGGCCUUCGAGGUGCGUCGCAACGCUGUGUGCGCCGCUCUGUUCGAUGACGGCAAUGGCCCCGCCUGGAACCGCGCCAAGGUCGAGUACGUGCACCCGGACGGCUCCGCCCGCGUCCGCUUCCUCGACUACGGUAACGAGGCCACCGUGACGGCCAACCGUCUCCGCCCGCUCGACGCCGAUGUGCUGCAGCUCCCCCCUCAGGCCAAGGAGGCCGUGUUCUCCUGGAUCAAGCCGCUGGCCGCCACGGAAGAGUUUGGUUCCGACGCUGCCAUGCGUCUCGGCGAGGUUGCGUGGGGCAAGACCCUUUCGUGCCGCGUUCACAGCACCGAGGACCACGGCCGCCUCCAGGUCUCGCUGUACCUGCCCGACGGCAAGAGUGUUGCCGAGAACCUGCUGGAAGCCGGACUGCUACGCACUGAUCGCAAGGCUCUGCGCUCCGUGUUGCCGUUCCAGAAGCCGGUUGUCGACGGCCUGCUCAACGCACAGGAGAUCGCCAAGCAGCAGCGUCGUUGCCUGUGGCAGUACGGCGACAUCGAGUCUGACGACGAGCAGGGCCUCUAGACGUGUCGAAAGACCAACCAUAGGAGUUCAUAGCACUUUCAACUCGACGUAAAAAUGUAAAGAAACUUAAGGAAGUGAUUGACAACUACGC